CACAACCCGUGGACAUAGUUCUCCUUCAGUUCUCCACCCUGUCCAACUCUCUCCUCGCCAAUUGCGUUGCUCCUCCUCCUUUGGUGUCAUUCAUCAUCUUUCCUGAAAAUACAUCAUCUCUCCCUCGCCUCGCCCGCACAUACCUUGCCCAGCCCCCGUCAGGAAAUUGGCAUGGACACAGUCCGUGCCCUGUCAUCGUCCGCCAUCCACCUUCACCUAACGCAAGUUCUGAUCACAUCUGACCACCGGUGGGAGGCAUGUCCCGUAUAGUUCUCUCCAACUCCGAACAGAGGUCGGACAAUUAUCAUGCACCAGCCCGUGACUCCCUUGAGCUCGCCUCGCUGGCGUCAUCACCUGACUCCGGUCCUCGAUCAUCCUGUUCCUCCUCUCCUUCGGGUAUCUCCUCUUCGCGCAAGCUUUCUCUAGAUGAAGAAGAUCCUUUAGCCAGCUCCCACCUUCAGACGCAAUCAACCUCCGGUCGCCCUCGAUCCGCGCGCUCAUACUCGGUGUCCUCCGCCUUUGAUUUUGGGGCUACGCUCUUUCCCUUGUCGCAAACCACGGGAGGGUAUGCUCCUUUGGGAGCCCCGUCCGCCUUGGACGGAGAGGCCGGCCUAGCUGACGGAUCGCUCGAGCGGAACAAAACCUUGACAUAUGUGAAUGGUCUGUCACUCGUGGUUGGGUUGGUCAUUGGUUCCGGGAUUUUCUCCUCUCCCAGCCAGGUUAACGUCAAUGCGGGGUCGCCAGGUGCGUCGCUCAUCGCGUGGGUAGUAGCUGGCUUGUUGGCAUGGACCGGAGCGGCCAGCUAUGCAGAGCUGGGUGGAGCGAUUCCGCUGAACGGGGGCUCUCAAGUGUAUCUUGCCAAGAUCUUUGGUGAAUUGGCGGGAUUUCUGUUCACCUGGUGCGCAGUCCUCGUGCUGAAGCCUGGCAGCGCUGCCAUCAUCGCCAUCAUAUUCGGAGAGUACGUCGUGCGGGCAGUUGUGGGGGCUGAGGUCGAAACGAUCAACCCAUGGAUAAACAAGGCCGUAGCCUUUGGUGGACUUUUCGUUGUAACCUUGUUGAAUUGCAUCUCUACACGGGUAGCCGCACGCAUCGGUGACUUGUUCAUGUUUUUCAAAUUCGUUGCGCUGCUGGGGGUCACCAUCAUUGGUAUAGUGGUCGCUAUCACAGGCCUAUCUUCGACCGGGAGUGCCAACAAGGAGUGGAAAACUGGCUGGUUUGAGGGUACUAAUGUCGACGUUUCCGCAUGGGCUUUGGCUUUAUACGCGGGUCUCUGGGCAUUUGAUGGUUGGGACAAUACCAACUAUGUCACCGGGGAAUUCAAAAACCCCAACCGAGACCUCCCACGGGUGAUUCACACAGCCAUGCCAUUAGUCAUUCUGUCCUAUAUCUUGGCCAACAUUGCCUACAUCCUCGUUCUACCUCAAGCGACCAUCGAAGCGAGCAACACCGUUGCUGUGCAGUUUGGCGACAAAGUCUUUGGCCAUGUGGGAGCCCUAGUCUUCGCACUGAUCGUUUCAGCAAGUUGUUUCGGUGCUUUGAACGCCACCACCUUCACCAGUGGACGAUUAGUCUACGCGGCCGGCAAAGAGGGCUACCUUCCCGAAGUAUUCGGUGCUCUGUGGACUCGCGACACUUCCUCCGCCAAUCGCCUCCAACACCGGUCUUGGUUGAGCAAAUCGCUUUCCCGACUGUGCGGCUCCGGCACGCAAAUCGGUUUCACCCCCAUAAAUGCUAUGGCCCUGAACAGUGCUCUCACUUUGAGUUAUAUCGUCGUCGGCGAAUUUAAAACACUCGUCACGUUCUAUGGAGUCGCCGGUUAUACCUUCUAUUUUCUCACUGUCCUAGGUUUAAUCGUGCUCCGCGUGCGAGAGCCGUACCUGCAACGACCUUACAAGACCUGGAUCUCAACUCCGAUAAUAUUUUGCUGCGUCAGUUUGUUCCUGCUGAGUCGUGCUGUCAUUGCAGAGCCUUUACAGACUUUGAUCGUGGUCGCCUUCAUCAUUGCCGGUGUUCCUGUCUACUAUUGGCGCAUCUACAAACGCGACGGUCGAAAGGCGUUGCCCAGUUGGAAAUUCUGGCAGCGAACCGUCCGGUGAUUUCUGUUUCACAUACGAAAGACCCCUAUAAUGUUCAACCUACAUACUUAUAUAAUAUCAUUAUCCUUCGCCUUCGUUGUGGCUCUUUUGCAUGUCGUUCGGCCCUUUUCCUGUUGUUUCAAUGCAAGCAAGAAAUUUCUGCAUCGGAUGAGAGAAGAGGGGCUGUGUUGCAGGGCCCCUAUGACUUGAUGAUACCCAUUUGCAUUAUUCGGGUGCAUGGUAUGACGGAUGCCAGGGGAUCUUGCUUUCUUGCUUUCUUUAUCCUUUUUCCCAUAAUCAUGACCUGAGCACUGUUUGUAUUGUCACCUCGGCGCGAGGAUGAAAUGUCGCUUGCGGAACGAGCGAGGCGGGCGUCAGUUUGAGCCCUGAGGGUCCUUCACCUUCACCCAUCAUCAUUGACAUAGAGAUACCGCACAUGGGCUGACAUGACAGCAUCGUCAUGCUGAAAAAGCUUGACUUGCACCCGUGUAUGAUACAGAAUAUACCAUUGCUUAAU